AAUAAGACUUUGGGAGUUAGCGCUACCUAUACCUCGUAAAUGUGUUUACUAGAAGAAUCUCUAUGAAAAUGGAUAUAUAUAUAUGAACAAUGUCGUAUAAUAUUAUAUAAAAAUAAUAAAUAUGGGGAACACUCAACCAAAACUCCACAAAAACUUUGCAUCUCUACCUGAUCAGGAUUUCCCAACAUCGUCCAAGUUUAGUAAACGAAAGAGAGCUCAAUCGUUAGAAAAUUUAAAAUCCCCAUCAUCUCCAAACCCUAAGAAUAAGGAAUCAGACUUUUUACCUGAAUACUGUUCAGGUGCAUAUGACGUUCUGAGAGACUUUGUUAUUGAAACUAUUAUAGCCAAGGGAGCCUAUGGAAAUGUUUUCAAAGUUCACAGAAAGACUGAUAACAAAGUAUUAGUUUUAAAAGUAAUGCAAAAAUCGACAAUAAGCGAGUUGGGAGCUAAAAAGAGGGUUAAAGAUGAGGCAUCAAUUCAAAGUUCCUUUAGUAAACAUCCAUUUAUUGUUAAAGCUUUUUCUUUUUUCCAAGACAUGGACAACUUAAACAUUCUUAUGGAAUAUAAGCCUAAUGGUGAUCUUUUUGCUUUAUGGAAACAGAGUGAUCGUUUUAGCGAGAAUCUAACAAGAGUUUAUAUAGCCGAAAUAGCUCUAGGACUUGAUUUCCUACACAAAAAUGGUAUUAUUUAUCGAGAUUUGAAGAUGGAGAAUAUUUUACUGGAUGAGUUAGGCCACAUCUCUAUUACUGAUUUUGGUCUAUCUAAAUGCUUGUCAAUUGGAGAAAGAACAAGAACAAUUUGUGGAACGUUACAAUACAUAGCACCCGAGGUAUUAGCUAUGCAAACUUAUACGCAUUCAGCUGAUUGGUGGUCAUUAGGUAUUCUUAUGUAUUCUCUAUUGGCCGGUCAUUUUCCAGUGAAACCUGGAAAAGAUCAUUUUGAAAUGGCCAAAAUGUGUUCACAAAGUACAUACGAAUUACCGUUUUACGGAAAUUAUUCUAAUGAAGCUAAACAUAUUGUUAAAAAUCUGUUAGAAAAAGAUAGCAGGCGAAGGCUUCACGAUAUUUACAGUUUGCAAAAUCAGCCAUUCUUUCAAAGAUUAAAUUUUGACGUUGUCUUUGCUAAAAAGAUACCUAUUUUCGAUAUCAUAUUAGAAAAUUGCAACCAAUAUACAACAAAACGUAUCAAUGAAAUAUUUAGCGUUCUACCUCCAAUGUAUUUCCAAUCUGAAAAUACUGAGAUUAAGCUCAAUGGAAUCAACGGAGACUACAUUAAUGGGUUUGAUUACGACGCAACUUUUAUGGUCGGCAAUCGCACUUACGUAUGGUGCAACAGUAUUGCUCAAGCUAAACCAAUUCUUGUCUAACACGAAUUCCCCUAUAUAAUAAAAAGAAUACACUUCUAUUAUCAUCUAAAUUAGUAUAAAUAUAUAUGUAUAUGUUAAGAUAAAGAGAGCUAACAAUUUAUCUCUUUUAUGCAGUAUUAUUUUGCUCAUUCCCUUUAAUAAAUACUCCCCACUCUCUCUCUCAAUAUCUUUACCCAAUGCAAAUGUUGAUCUGUUGUUUUAUUUUAUACUAUACAAUACCAUUCGUUUUGAAUUCAGUAACUCUUUGAAAGAAUUCUCAAAAAAAAACUUUUGUUUAUUAUCAAUAUCUGUUUCUAAACUGUGUUAACCUCAUCAGAUUAUCAAUUCUACUAACAGUCGUUUAGGGGGUGUUUUUCCACUCUAAUCAUUCUGUGAACUAUCUCUAUUCUUUUUUAUAUAUACAUGGUGCUACUAAUAUGUUUCAUUUGUCAUUUAACAUUGUAUUUUUAUUCUCUUUUGCUUUAUAUUUUUUUUAUCUUUUACGCCCACUUAGAAUAUUUAAUCUUUUUUCCUUUAUUAUCGAUUACUGUUUACAUAUUUUUUCAAUUUGUUUUCAAUAUAACUUUUCGUAAUUAUAAACUUCCUUGUUUUUUUUUUAAUACAGUUACUUUAUUUUUUA